CCUGAUUUCCUUCUGACGAACCCAUCACGACCUACACCUGUUCCUCAAACGCCGACCUCCUCCCAGCCUAUCCAACUCGCCACGCCCGCUAUGAAUGACAUCGAACGCGUAGGCAGAACCAUAUUCCGCACCUUCUACGACCCCUUGCCCACGAAUGACGGCGUUUCUCCCAUAUGGUGUCUAGGCCACCAAUACGACCCAAAGUCCUCUGCAUAUGACGCAACGAGCACACCUCCCGCCGCAUCCCCUCCUCCUGCACCACAAUCCGAUCGUAAAAGCACCAACGACGAUGAUAGCUGGAUACAAACCAGCACCGAAGAAUCGGAGCGCAAGGAGGCUGCCAACGGAGAGGUCCCUGCGCAGUAUGGCGGUUGGCCACCGCCCUUCUUGGAUGACUUGGAGUCGAGGAUAUGGAUGACAUACCGGUCGGGCUUCAGUCCUAUACAGAGGAGCCAGGAUCGCAAGGCAACAGCGGCCAUGACCUUUCGUGUCCGCAUGCAGAACCUGACUCAGAACGCUUUCACGUCCGAUCAGGGCUUUGGGUGCAUGAUACGGUCUGGCCAAUGUAUUCUGGCCAACUCUCUGCUUGCCUUGCGCCUGGGACGAGAUUGGAGAAUCAGCGCAUCGGGCCCCGAGAAUAGCCAUCUUCCCCUCCUUUCGUUGUUCGCUGACGAUCCGAAAGCGCCAUUUUCUAUACAUCGUUUCGUAGAGCACGGAGCUGCCGUGUGUAACAAGUACCCCGGGGAGUGGUUCGGUCCCUCAGCAGCCGCGCGUUGUAUACAAGACCUUGUGAAUAAGUAUGACACAGCGGGCUUAAAGGUUUAUGUCUCUGGCGAUGGUGCCGAUGUGUACGAAGAUAAGCUGAAAGAGAUCGCUAUGGAGGACGGUGUCUUCCAUCCGACCUUGGUCCUCGUAGGGACGAGGCUAGGCAUCGACAAGAUCAACCCCAUAUAUUGGGAAGCAUUAAAGUCAGCACUACAACUGACACAGAGUGUUGGCAUAGCAGGGGGUCGCCCAUCCGCAUCCCACUACUUCGUUGGAACACAAGGCAACAACUUCUUCUACCUAGACCCUCACAACACACGUCCCUACCUGCCCUACCGUGAAGAUCCAACCACAUAUACAAUAGAAGAGGUGGCAGCCUGUCACACGCGCCGCCUCCGCAGCCUCGAUGUCCGCGAAAUGGACCCGUCUAUGCUCCUCGCUUUCCUCCUCCGCAACGAGGACGAUCUGGAGAAGUGGAAGGAGAGCGUCGUCAGUGUGCAAGGUAAAGCCAUUAUACACGUCAGCGAUACGGAACCGCCCCAACGUGGACAGGAGAGGGAGGGGGCUAUCGACGAAGUAGAAAGUUUCGAUGAGGAAGGGCUCGAGUAA